UCAAUAAAAAUCAGUUGCAAUGGAAACUUUUACUUUCCAUUUUUCUGAACAGAGACCUGAGAUCAAGUGACCAAGGAGCAUCAAAAGCAAACACUGAUGUCUCUCUGUGUUCUUUGAAUCAACGUGGGUUCUUAAGCUGCCUGUCUGGUCUUCCAGAAGUUAAAAUCAUUAAUCAUGGCAUCACAAGGACAAGCAAGUCUCCGUUUUGUCACCUGGAACACAUGUGGUAUCAGAAGCCCACCUCAGAAGUUUUCAAAUGUGUUGAGCAGUCUCAGUAAUCUUCAGGCUGAUAUUGCCUUUAUACAAGAGACACAUGCUGGGCCAAAGUCUUACCAACUCUUAACAGAUGUGAACCAUUGGAAAAUCUAUUUCACUGUACACUGCUCUAAAAGCAAAGGAGUUGCAAUACUGAUAAAAAACACCAUACCCUUUGAGUACAUAUGCCAUGAUGAGGACUGUAGUGGAGGUUACAUUGUGCUCUUCUGUCAUCUGUAUGGUGAACUGUUCACACUCGUUAAUGUGUACAAUCAUAAGCAUGACAGAACUGUCUUGGGUAGAUUGAAAGAAUAUUUGAUAGAAACAGCUGAGGGUGUGCUGGUGGUUGGAGGUGAUUUCAACACAGUUUUACAUCCCUACUUUGAUCGGAGACCUUCAGCUUUCAAUCCGAAUAAUUCACAGUUGAAAUGUUUAGAAGACUUCAUUGUUUCUCUGAAUCUCAGAGACACCUGGUCAUACUUGCACGCUGCUGCUGAAGGUUUUACACGAUGUCAGAAUGAGAGUCAGUCCAGGAUAGACAUGUUUUUCAUGCACAAUGACACAGUGGGACGAGUGCGCAGUAUCACAGUAGAGCAUGAUGAAAUUUCUGAUCAUAAUCCAGUUGUCCUGGAAGUUGAAGUGCAGCAACAGACAGGAAAUACAUUUCCAAAAGUUGCACCAGAAUCUUCCACAUCCCAGUAUCCAAGAUCCAACAGGAUCUCAGGGGAGAUUAGUGGGGCAGAAAUCCUGAGUGUCAUCAAGAGUUUGCCUCACUCACAAGAAGAAAGACCUAAUCAAAUGCAAGUGGGCGACUACAAAUGUCUUCAGUGGCAAAUGACAGAAAUCUUAAAGACAAAGUACAAUGACAUGUUAAAGUCAAAUUGUGUAUCUGAAGCAUUUACAGAAUCUCGUCUUUCACAAGACAGAUUCAUUUUCAAUGUAGAAUAUUUGAUAUUCUCUCAGAUUUUGGCCAAGCGCCUUAGUGCAUACAUUUUCCCUUACAACAAGGAAAAGCAAGAAACUAAUCUUGAUAAAUUUCUCACUGUGACAGUCAAGAAAGGCACACAAAAAAUCAAAUUGUCUUUCCUUGAGGCAAGCCUUGAAUUUGAAGAAGACUUGAGAAGGAAAAUGAUCUGCUCUGCCCCACAAGCAAAAUUUCGUAUUCUGAGACACCUUCUGCCAGAAGACCAAGGCUCUUCAGGGGAACUCAGACUUUUACUGCCUGGCUGUCCACUCACCCGCACUUUCCUUAAUUUAGCUCUGAAUAAGCUAGAUUGGAUUCUCAAUAGUGAGAAUGAGUGCAGGAGCAGUGUUUGUUUUCAGAGACAGGUUUUGCUCAUACAUGCACACCAGAGCAAAAAAGAGGAAGUUUUUUGGAGAGUUGACGAUUUCGAGAGAGAUUCAGGAUUGAAAUUUGAAAAAACCUUUGCAUUAUAA